CAACCCAAAGAAAUGAAUCAAGAAGAAGAGUUUAGUGGAGAGGAUUUUGAAUGGGAAGAAGAAUCUCCUUUCACUUAUUCUGAUCGUUAUUUAGAAAAUGAUCCUGCUACACCAAAGCAAGUGGGCUUAUGGAAGCGGUCACUUAAGUGGAGAAGGCGCAUUUUUGUAAUUGAGAUUUUUAUGGUGUUCUCUCAAUUGCUCUACCUAUAUUCCACUCAGAUAGUUCAGCAGUACAUAUUCCAGACUCUAGCUUGUGAGGCUCUCUCAAAUACACCUAACUACACUGCACCCAAUGAGUCCAUCUGUCUAGAUCAAGACUACAUUGUGAGUGCUACUGGUAACAAUGAUUCUAUCAUAGAGAUACAACAGAAAACUAAUACCUUGAAUAUGUAUAUUGCAAUCAUUGGGUUGGUUUCAUCGGCAGUGUUGUCUCUUAUAUAUGGUUCAUUGUCUGAUAUAUUUGGUCGAAAGCCAUUUUUAAUCCUUUGCUUUUCAGGCCUUUGUCUCUCAAGUGCUUUACAGGUUGCAGUUAUUGAGUUAGAUCUCAAUAUGAACGUAUAUUUAUUGAUAGCGUCUGCUCUUAAUGGGCUCACUGGAGGAGGAGCAACUACAAUUGGAGUCGCUUAUGCUUCCAUUGCUGAUGUUACAACAAAAAAAUGGCGAACACUAAGACUAGGAACAACAGGAUCAGCGUUUGGUUUCAGCAAAGCAUUGAGCUACCUGUUAGCUUAUUAUUGGAUCAAUAAUAACGGGUGUGAUUUCAAAGGUCCAGCAUACUUAAUGCUUGCCAUUGGCUUUGUUGGUCUUACUUAUAUAAUAUUAAUACCUGAGUCACUGCCACGAUCUAAAGAAGAAAGGAAGGAGGGAGGUUUUAAGAAACUUGCAGAUGGAUUCAAAACUUUUUUUAUUCCUAGGAGAAUAGGGUUUUCAAAGUGGUGGAGGGUAUGGGUUUGUGUGAUAGUUAUUUGUGUAGAGUUUCUUUGUGCUGUUGGAAUAGAUGAAAUCAUGAGCUAUUUCCUACACAACAAACCACUCGAGUGGUCCUAUGGCCUCAUUGGUAUCUAUGGACUAGUGACAUCUAUUACUCAGUGUCUUGCUUUGAUUGUUGUUCUACCGCUCCUGAUAGCAAUACCUAUCCCUGAGGCAUAUUCCAAUCCUUUCAUUAUACUCUUGGCAUCAGUGAUUGCUAUUACCACUAACAUCUUGAUGGCUACUAUCAAAUAUGAUUGGGAAAUGUUUUUAGCUGGGAUAAUUCAAACUUUACAACAGGUGGCAUUUCCAGUUGGGAGAACUAUAAUAUUUGGUCUAAUUAAACCUGAAGAUUAUGGGGCUGUUCAAUCUUUAACUACAUCCCUACAACUGCUCACAUCAGUUGGUUCAACUGUACUAUUCAACAAGGUCUAUCAUCCAGAGGCUGAAGUGAAUGGACAUCAUUACAAUGCUGGGAUAGUUUUUUGGAUCACUGCUGGUUUUUGGGCUGCACUCAUUCCACUCAUCUUGUUACUAUUCAAGAAAGUUAGGUCUAACGAUAGUAACAGCAGGUCUAGUGCACCAAAUACAUUCAAAUUUGAACAGAUGAACUUAGAGAGUGAAACAUAAAAUUUCUUAUUUAUUAAAAAAAUAAUUCUAGCUAGUCUGCAUGAUGAGACAUGGUAUUUAAGCAAA